CGUUACAAAACAUCUUCCAAAAAUGCCCUCCCACGCUUUUCAUUUCUUCCCAUUUCUCUUCUCUGUUCUCCUCGUCAUUUCGGUCACCACCCCCCGUGCCGCCGCCUCCUCCAGAUGUGCCGUCGAUGAUGGAGCGUAUUCUACAACCCCUCUAGUCUCCUUCCUCCAACGCCUCCAAUCCGAAGCUCUCAAAACUCGCGGCCCCAAUUCCUUUGAUCCCAAGCUCUACGUUGAUCUUCCUCUCAAGGAAGACCUCAACUUAACGGAAGCCGCUUUCUGGAAACUCCCUAGGGUUAAUGGAAUCAUCCCGGCAAACUACUUGCAUAGGUUCUUGGAAGACUAUUUCGGGGAUGCCGGCGAAGAUUUGGUGUACACGGAGCCCCAGGAUUUCGUGCCGGAGCCGGAGCGGUUUUUGCCCCAAGUGUCUAACCCUAAGGUUAGGGCUUGGGCUCUUGAAGUGCAUUCAUUAUGGAAGAAUCUGAGUAGGAGGGUUUCCGAUAAUGUGAAGAACCACCCGGAGAGGCACACUCUGCUUCCGUUGCCGGAGCCUGUAAUCAUUCCUGGGUCGAGGUUCAGGGAGGUGUAUUAUUGGGAUUCUUAUUGGAUUGUCAGGGGAUUGCUGGUAAGCAAAAUGUAUGACACAGCAAAAGCAAUUGUGAAUAACCUUGUAUGGCUAGUAGAUUCUUAUGGUCAUGUGCUAAAUGGUGCAAGGGUAUACUAUGCUAAUCGCAGCCAACCUCCACUAUUGAGUUCCAUGGUAAUGGAGAUCUGCACUAGGACUGGUGAUUUGGAAUUUGUCAGGAAGUCCCUUCCUGCGUUAAUAAAAGAGUAUACCUUCUGGAAUUCAGGAAUCCAUAAAGUAACAAUUCAAGAUCUUCAUGGACAUAAACAUUCUUUGAGCCGCUAUUAUGCCAGGUGGAAUAAACCCAGACCAGAAAGCGCAACAAUUGAUGAGGAGGCAGCUUCCAAGUUUCUUAAUGACUCUGAUAAGGAAGCUUUCUUUCGAGAAGUUGCUUCAACUGCAGAGACUGGUUGGGACUUCAGCUCUCGUUGGAUGAGCAACUCAUAUGACCAGUCCACAUUAUCAACAACAUCGAUCAUCCCAGUUGACUUGAACACUUACUUAUAUAAGGCUGAGCUUGACAUAGCAUUCUUUGCGCAAAAACUUGGUGAUAGCAAAACCUAUAAAAAUUUCUUGGAGGCUUCAAAUGCACGGCAGUUUGCAAUGCGAUCGAUUUUCUGGAAUGCUGAGAUGAACCAGUGGCUUGACUAUUGGAUUAGAUCCGAUGAUUGUGAGGAUGUUCAUCAAUUUGAUGCUAGGAAUCAAAAUGAUCGGAUAUUUGCAUCAAACUUCAUACCCAUCUGGAAUUGGGGGCUUACCUCAGGUUUAGGUGAAAAUAGCGUUAUUGUGGAAAGAAUUUAUGAGAGCUUCCUAAAAUCCGGUCUGCUUCAACCUGCUGGAAUUGCUACUUCAUUAGUAAACAAUGGGCAACAGUGGGAUUUCCCCAAUGGAUGGUCUCCUUUGCAACAUAUCAUCAUCCAAGGAUUAUCUAAAUCUGGUUCAAAAGCUUCAUAUGGAUUGGCUCAGGAGAUUGCUGUAAGAUGGAUUAGAACAAAUUAUGCUGCUUACAACACCACUGGUGCAAUGCAUGAGAAAUAUGAUGUUGAUGGUUGUGGAAAGGUUGGCGGUGGCGGUGAAUAUAAACCUCAGACUGGCUUUGGUUGGUCUAAUGGUGUGCUGCUGGCUCUCUUAGAACAAUUUGGCUGGCCCUCUGACAGGGAUAUUGAAUGCAGUUCUUGAAAUCACAUAAUAAGAGUCGGAAAUCAAGAGUGUCAUUAGCUACUUGUGUCGGUCCCUUACCAAAUAAUUCCAUAUUAUCAUCAUCAAAGCUUGUUUAUCUUCUUUUGGUUUAUCAUUUAAAAAUUUAUAAUUUGUGUUUGGGAAGAGAUACAUUUUGUUGUUGUUGUUGUUGUGUUUGGGAAGAGAUACAUUUUGUGCUUCUUCAAAUUUAUGAUUCAUAUUUUGAUUGAACAAAUGUGUUUUUUAAUC